GUUUCUGAAGGGAUUGCAUCCAUUCGCGCAUCGCAUAAAAAUUUCACGACCGAAAUUCAAGCUUAUAAAUUAAAUCGCUCUGCGAGAAAGUAGUGUUUUACAAUAUAGUUCAACUUCUCAAGAAUUGUUUCAUUCCAAAAACAGUGCAAAAAUACAGAUAUUAGAUUCUCUACAAAAAUGUCCGCUGCAAUUGAUUCGGAUCUGCGUACCAAAAUCGACACCGCCUGUCGUACAGCGGAGGAGUUCACCAAACUAUACUAUGAAAGCGUGGACAAAAAGCGACAUCAAAUGUCCCGGCUAUACAUGGAUAAUGGGCUGCUGGUGUGGAACGGAAACGGUGCCAGCGGAAAGGACAACAUCCAGAAAUACUUCCAGGAGUUGCCACGAUCUGAGCAUAUAAUGAACACCCUGGAUGCUCAACCAAUUAUUGAUGAUGCUGUGGCUUCCCAAUUGACGUUCCUGAUUCAGGUUUCUGGGACAGUCAAAUUCCAGGACAACCCAACGAAACCGUUCCAGCAGACGUUUAUGAUCACUGCCCAGGGGGAUAAGUGGAAGAUCGCUAGCGAUUGCUUCCGGCUGCAGGAUGGAAUCUUCUAGGCUUUAAGGUAUGAAUAAGGAAAUAAUGACGAAUGAUGAACAUUAA